UUGUCGGGCACUUCUUGUUUUGGUUAGUCAGUCAAGUCAGUCAGUUAGUUUUCGUUGUCAUACUUUUUACAUUUAAGUAGAAAUCUUAUUACUAAGUUAUAAUAUAAAUAAAUAAUACACAGUUGCAGAAUUCGAUUUAUGUAGUAAACGUCUAGUCUGUCAUCUCUGUUCGAGUGAGACUAACACUAAAGAUACGAGUUAGGCUAAAAUGCAAGUGAUAGCCUAUUGUUGCAUUGUUUUGCCGUUGAUUGAUGCAUUUUCCAGGUUAGCCUAACUUAUUUGAAAAUUUUGCACUUCUUUUACCCUGAGAACUUUACCUUGCCGGUAAUCAAACUGUUAGCUAAAUUAAAAAACAUUCUUAGCGUGGCACACUUUGUUUAUGAAUGAAAUCCUCGGACUAAUGCCACUGAUAGUAUAGGUGGGCCGUGCUAUAGACCUGAUUCUGCUUGUUUUGCAUCCAUAAACGUAUGAUUUUUCAUUAGUACUGUAAGUCAAGCAAUCUUGAAAUGAGAACUGAUACUCAGAAGAAAGUCGAAGCUGCAAAAUCGGAAGGUGCAUCUGCAAAUAAAGUGGUUUAUGUUAACAGGAGACAAUGAAAGUUGUCAGGAAGUCACUUCAUCCCCUCCAAAUUGCUGCUGGUGACAAGGAAAACCUUGUUGGAGCUGGGAGGAUGCCAUCCACUACUGGAGAGAAAGAUGGGAAAAUCCUGUCUUUGAAUAGCAAGAAUAGCAAUUCUUCACCUAAAAAGGAGAAACAGAAAGUAAACAAAGUUGCUGAUAAGAAGAUCGCUAUUGAACACGAUUUGACCUCAGAAGAAGGCCCAAGUGAGCAAUAUUGGGAACUUUUGGCAGAAACACGACGUAAAGCCUUAGAAAAGGCCUUGAUUGAAAACCAACAACUCCAUGAAAAACUACAAAAUUUAACAGAAGAAAAAGAUAAGUACAAAAGCCUACUGGAUGAAGCUCAAAUGAUUAUUGAUACACUCAAUGAAAUAAUUGGAGAAAUGGGCAAUGAAGACGACAGUAGAAAUGAUGAAGAAGAAAUGAGCCGUCGAGCAUAAGGUGAUAAAAGUUGAAUGCAGUGUUGGCCCUUCAUUUUCUUUGACUAUUUUCUUUAAGACUUUUUUUUUAUAUAUUUCUUAAAAUAGUUCUUUUAAGUUUGUGGUAUUCCAUUACAAAUCAAAUAAUGUCUUAAAAAUAUGUUUUUGAUGGGCUAUUGAAUUGUGAACUUAGACUUUGGUUUUUUUAGUUACAGUAAUCAUUGACUGUUAAAAAUCAAUUCAUCACAUGCUUAGUACAAAGGAUUUGUUGGUUAGGCCUAAGUAAGUGUUUAGUUUCCCUUAGCUCAUUUUCAUUAGGAGUAUUACAAAAUUGUAUGUAUUUUUUUAAACUUUUGCUAUUAAUUGAAAUGUAAUAACUGUUUGUUUUUAAUAAAGUUGACUGUAUAAUACUUUUA